AUGACAGGCUCACCAAGGCGAAUCGCCAUUGUUGGCGGAGGCAUCGCGGGCAUAGCUUGCUCGUGGGAGUUGCGAAAGCACAGCGCCCGCAAUGUCAGAGUAGAUAUCUAUGAGUCGGAGAGUAAACUCGGCGGGCACGCCAAUUCGGUGCCCUUCAAAGGCAAUGGCACAAGCGUCGACGUUGACACGGGCUUCAUUGUAAUGGACGAAGCCACGUAUCCCCGCUUCAACACUUUUCUCGGCGAUUUAGGCAUCAAGACAAUCCCCACGGAUAUGUCAUUUGGCGUCACAACCACCGACAAAACUUUCGAGUGGAGCAGUCGCUCCAUGGGCAGCUUCGUCGCCACUCUCACGCUGCUGUUGAGCCCCUGGGUAUGGCGUCUGAUAUUUGAUAUUGUUCGCUUUAGCCUGUUCGCCGAAGAUAUCCUCUACGAGCGAGGUACUACUCCUAGACGCGGCGAAGAAGAAAGCUGCCUCAUGUCAACGUCUCUAGAGUCCAUCGGUAGCUACUUAACAAGGCGGGGAUACUCCAGUCAAUUCACGACUUAUUUCUUGAUCCCAAUGGUAGCUGCUCCUUGGUGCAUUGAUCCAGAUGAGUUCAGCAGGAGUUUCCCUGCAAGGCCGCUAAUACACUUUAUGAAAACCCACGGCCUGCUAGAUACAGCCACAAAAACACUCCAGUGGCGCUCGUUUCGAAACGGGUCAAGAACGUAUAUCGAUGCGUUCCAAGACAGUCUUCCUCAGGGACACAACUUGCAUCUGAACACAUCUGUACAUGAGGUGACACGAAUUGGUAACGAGGUCUUGGUCAGUUUCUCGGAUGGCUCUGCAAAGACUUUUGAUCAUGUUGUUCUUGCCGUUCAUGCCAACCAAGCUGUCACUCUCUUGGGAGAAAAUGUCACAGCUUUGGAGCGUAGCAUUCUUGGUAGCUUCAAGACUAGCAGGAACCUAUGCUACCUGCAUUCUGACACUUCUCUCCUGCCAGAACGUUCAUCAGCUCGCGCGGCAUGGAACUGCAUGCUUGUACCUCACCAGUCGACCACGGCACAGGACCAUCUGACACGGAAUGAACACAAGUGCGGAAGGAAGCUAUCACUGACAUUUGACAUGAAUAAACUCCAAGAUAUUCCAAGUCCAGGGGAACCUGGAAGUCCGGGUAGGGUUCUUGUGAGCAUGAAUCCAAUACAUGUGCCUUGCUCGGUGCAAAGCAGCCAUGUAUAUUACCAUCCCAUCAUUAACUCAGAGUGUAUCCUUAUGGCGCGCCACCUUCAUAGGAUCAAUGGCAUCAAUAACAUCAGUUUCGCGGGAGCUUGGAUGGGAUACGGCUUUCAUGAGGAUGGCUUCGUGGCUGGUGUCCAUGCUGCACGUACCUUCAUGGACGGCUGGGAUAAGAUUCCUCCGUUGGAUCUUAUAGGUGAUACCAAGGACAUGCGGCCCCCUCGGACUGGGUUUCUUAGAGCGGUUCUCAGAUUAGGAGUUCUUGUCAUGCAGCAGCUUCUACAUGCGCAACCAUGGCUAUAA